AAAAUGUUAAAAGAAAAUGGAGGAGGAGGUGGGGAAGUCUAGUGGCCAAGUGCGCUGUCUAGGCCAUCUUUUUGAUGGCUGUAUUUUUUCCUCGUCUCUCUCUCUAUCUCUUUUCCUAAUUUUGUUGCCAUUUUUUCUCUCUCUACAACUUAAUGUUAUAGAGGGAGUGAGGCCGGGAGACAACAUAUUCAUAACAGUCACAAGAAUAUAUAGAUAGAGCGAGGCAGUAGUUAGCUGUUGUAUGGGAAUAGGAGUUGGAAGGGGAGAGAAUUGAAGCUAUGGAGAUGGAGGGUCAGGUCGGCGGCGGGAAGCGGAAGAACGAGAGGCCAUACAAAGGAAUCAGGAUGAGGAAGUGGGGGAAGUGGGUGGCAGAGAUUAGAGAGCCUAACAAGCGGUCUAGGAUAUGGCUAGGGUCUUAUUCCACGCCGGUUGCGGCGGCGAGGGCCUACGACAUCGCCGUCUACUACCUCCGGGGGCCAUCGGCGAGGUUGAAUUUCCCGGAGUUGCUCGCCGGCGACGGCGGCGGGCUCAGUGAUUUGUCAGCGGCGUCUAUUAGAAAGAAAGCAAUCGAAGUCGGGUCCAGAGUGGACGCCACUCAAAGCUCCAUCGCCGCCGAAGAUGACGACCGCAGAGAAAAUGCUCCGGCGACUGCCCAAACGCAGCCCGGCAUAUUGAAAGCUUGCUGGUUUGAGGAGAAGCCCGACUUGAACAAGAAGCCCGAACCCGAAGACCCGGAUGUUGAUUACUGGUGAGUUAGUAGGUAGUGCGUGUAACUGUGCAAGUAAUCAACCAAACCAGGGGACCAAAUGUAUAAUUUAUCGUAAGAUCAGGGGUGUGUUGGUAAAAAAGAAACACGCCAUAGUUUCAACUUUCAACUGAGUAGCAUUUCUUUUUAUUUUCA